AUUCGAUUCCACACUUUCUCUCUCUAAAUUCAGAUUACUGUGGGAAUUUUAUUUGUAUUGACUAUUGAAGAAUCCCGUUCUUCGGACGCACAAAUAUGAACUUGGAAACCCUAGCCUCCGUUUGUUCAGCUGUGAAAUAGGCGUGGAAGUUGAGUCUUGUUCUGGGGACAGUAAUCUUUCUGUGGAAAUGGGAACGGUUGAGACAGGAUCAUCAAAAACUCUAGCUCCGUCGUCGGAGAAAACCCUAAUGGGAGCUCUUGAUUCAGAGUCCGGAAAACAUGAAAAUGGGGAUAAAGAUUUGGGCGAGCCUGAGAUUUCGGGAAAAGAGGGUUCUUUAAAUGUUGAAAAAGAUGGUCUUGUUGAGGCUAAACAUGGGGUUGAAGUAGGGAAGGUUGGUGAAAAGGACGGGCUUGAAGAAAAUGGCGUUUCUUUGAAUGAAAAUGGGAAUGGUCCUUCUGGGAAAGCUGAGGCCUCUGUUGGGGGUGUGAAUGAAAGUGAAGAUGUGCAAUUAGAGGACUUGGAUGGUGAAGGAGAUAAGUUUUGUGUGGGCGAUUUCGUUUGGGGUAAAAUUAAGAGCCAUCCAUGGUGGCCUGGGCAGAUUUAUGAUCCUUCAUAUGCGUCGGAUUAUGCGUUGAAAAUUAAAUCCAAAGGACGAAAUCUUGUGGCUUACUUUGGUGACGGAACCUUCGCUUGGUGCCAACCAUCUCAGCUAAAGCCUUUCGAGGAAAACUACGAGGAGAUGUUGAAGCAAAGUAGCAUGAAGACUUUUGUCAGUGCUGUGCAGGAGGCUGUGGAUGAGAUUGGUAGAGUUUUGGAGUUGAAGAUGGUUUGCUCUUGUGUACCGAAAGAGAACCGAACAGGACUUGAUCAAUUGGUGGCGGAGAAUGCAGGGAUUAAGCAGGGGACUCUUGUGCCUGAGGGUGAAAUUAGGAAGUUUACAGAUGUUCUGAUUGAGCCAUCAGAGCUUCUUUCUGAGCUAAAACGUGUUACUCAGGCUGUUUAUGUAACCAAUGCGCUUGAGCUCAGGGUGUUAAAGAGUCGGCUGUCUGCUUUUUAUCGCGCAAAAGGGGGUUAUGAAUUGCCUCAGUACCAUGAUCCCAACCCAAUUCAUGGCCUAGACGAUGGUGAGAAAUCAAUCGAAGCUCCAACCCAAGGGCCAUUUGAAGACUGGCUUCCUAUGGCAAUAGAUGUUAGUACUGUCCAGACUGAUGAAUCUUGGUUGCGAAGUAACCCCGUGAUUUCGGAAAGUAGGAAAACUCCAAAAAAAAAAGAGAGAUCUAUUGCUGAUCUUAUUGGUAUAAAAGAAACAAACUUGGAGAAAUUAGCACCGUCUUCAGGAGCAAAGAGGAGGAAAUCCAGAGGGGAAUUGGAUCAUCACGAUGAGAUCAGUUUGACCUCCCCAAAAGGGAAGAGGAAACGUGCUGGUAUCAGCAAUGACAGCAGUGCUAAGAAAGACGAGAGUCGGGCAAAGGAGAAAACUAAAGAGGGCUCUGCUUCAAAGGGAAGGCCUAAGCAAAAUGCUGCGAUGGACUUCGAAAAUGAUGAUGGUGAGAGCAAAAAUGAAGCUGGGGGUGGUUCUGGUUCAGGAAACUUGAAAUCGGAAAACCGUAGCUUGAAGAGUGAUGACGGUGUGGACAAAGAACAAUUUGAAAAGAGCUCGUCUGUUAGGGAAAAAAAGAAGAGCAAGUACUUGUCCCCUCCCUUCACAAAUGUGAGUAGUAAAAGGAGAAGAGACGCCGAGAAUGAAGUCAAAGUUUCCUUUGAAGACACAGCAGGAGAAGAAGUUGACAUAUCUCGGGACCAAAAUAUCGUUUCUCCCCAACUUUUGAAGUGUAGCUCGUCCGAGAUGCUUCCAAAAAAAGUCUCUACAGAACCUGGUCUGGUUGACGAGACAUCUCACGGCUCAAGUCCUGUUCUGAAGGCCCCAACCCAAAAUCAGGACAACAUUGUUGACCCUUCCAAAACUAGUGUCCCAGCAAAUGAAUUUCUCUCUAAAGUCCGGUCUGCAGCUGCCAACCCAAGGGGAAAGAAACCUCUGGAUAUGGUCUCUGACUUUAUGUCUGUAUUCAGAAACUCAGUCUACCUUAAUGGGUCCAACUACAAACUAUACAACAAACCUCGAUCUCGUAGGAAGAGAAAAACAUUAGAUUCUGUUUCUGGGUCCCAGGUAGAAGAUCCAAAGCAGCCUGCUGAAAAGUCUCCCAAAAACAAACCAAACUCAGGCGUGUCUAAGGAGAAAGAAAAGCGAGCAGUCGAAACUCUUGAUGGAAAGUCGUCCGGUAGGCGAAAAUCAAAGCAAGAAACUGCAACUCCAGAGAUUAAGAAGAAGAAGAAGGAGAAGACACUGGACAAAAAGACUGUUGAGGAAACAAAUUCACCUGCUUACCUUUUUGCAACAUUCGGACUAGGAUCUGCGCUACCCACUAAGGCUGAUCUUAUCCGAAUUUAUAGUAAAUACGGGAAACUGGAUGAAAAAGAAACAGAUAUGUUCUACGACAAUUUCUUUGCUCGAGUUUGUUUUGUUAAGAGCUCUGAUGCGGAUGUAGCUUACAAUGAUUCUAAGGAGGACUGCCCUUUCGUCUCUGCCGAUGUUAGUUUUCGUCUCCAGUACCACUCGGGCGAGUACAAGUCUCCAGAACUGAGUAACAUAUCCAGCCAAAGUAAUGUCAAGACCCGAAAGAAGCCGUCGAAGUUGCCGGCAAAUGGCAGUGGGCAAUCCGACCUUGGCUUCGUGAAGCAAAAACUGGAGAUGAUUUCCUCAAUGCUGGAAGAUACGGAAGGCGAAGUGACGCCCACAAUCAAGUCGAAAUUACAGAAGGAGAUAAAAGGCCUGUCGAAGAAGGUGAGCGCAAUGGUUGGAUCGUCGUCUUAGGGAGUGAGCAAGGUUUAGAUACUGCUGUUACACAAUGCCCCAGUUAGUUGUAUUAGCCAGUGAUUUGGUAUAGCUAUGUUUUUUGUAUGGAGUCGUAGGAAUUUUCGUUGAUAGUUGAUACAGAUGAACGUCCGGUUGUAGGCUUAUGUGACUAGAUGCUCAAGGUUUUUACCAUAUAGAGAUCAAUAUUGAGCCCA